AUGACAACAAGAAACCAAGAAGUUGACCGUAUUUCUAGAGAUGUUAGUAGAUUGGACGAGUUCACUUCACAAACUCAAGAAGGGUUAAUGAGUUUGAAGACAGCCUUUGAACAGUUGCAGGCUGCGUUUGCAAGAAUCGAACAACAAGGAACAAUGAUGCCAAGAAUUGAUAAUGAUAGAGUGUGCAACAAUGAGUUAACCAAAGUCGAGUUUCCCAAGUUUAAUGGGGAUGAUGUGGAAGGAUGGUUGUACAAGUGUGAGCGUUUUUUCUCGGUUGAUGAUACACCAGAAAGAUAUAAUGUGAGAUAUGCAGUUGUCCAUUUAGAAGGAAGGGCAUUGCAGUGGUAUCAAGGGUUCAUGAAAUCAAGUGGAAAGCAAAUGUGUGAUAUAACUUGGGAUGAGUAUACAAGGUCAGCCGCUACAAGAUUUGCUGCAACCUUGAUUGAAGAUGCUAUGGGAGCACUCAAAGCUUUGACACAAACAGGGGAAUUGGAGGACUACUAUGACAAGUUUGAUUUGCUAUUAAACAAGGUAACUCUACCUGAUGAAUAUACCAUAAGUUUGUUCAUUGAGGGGUUGAAACCAGAGAUUAAAUGUCAUGUUAAGAUGUUUAAACCAAGAACAUUGAGGGAAACUUAUUCUUUGGCCAGAUUACAAGAACAGUCAAAUAAAACUUUGGGUUGGGGAAGUAUGAACAGUGGCAGUUCUAAUGGAUACAAGUAUAAUUCAUCAAGAACUAACAAUUUGACUAGUAUUGCUAAGCAACCUUUGCUAGCAACACCUGUCAAUCAAGUGCCAUCAAAUGCAAUCAUACCCAAGAAGGUCACUAAUAAAUACAUGGAUGAUAAGAGGGCAAAAGGGGAAGUUUGCAAAGGGAAGAAACAACUGUUUCUAGUGGAAGUAGAUGAAUACCCAGAGGAUGAAGAAUUAGAGGAGGAAGAAGGAGAUUCAGCUGUUCAAGGAGACCCACAAAUUUCACUAAAUGCCCUUAUGGGUAUUCCCUCCUAUUCAACUAUGCAAGUGAUUGGGACAAUUGGCACCAAAUACUUGUACAUACUGCUAGACAGUGGUUCUACUCACAAUUUUAUGAGUAAAACAUUGGCUCAAAAGCUGAAAUGUCCAGUGAAACAGAUCAAUAAUGUACAGAUUACAGUUGCUGAUGGUAAUAAGGUGGAAUACGUGAAUUGGUUGGAAACAUUAGAUGAUAUUGUUUGGAACUUCAAGAAUUUAACUAUGAAGUUUGAUAUAGUUGGGCAGUCGUUUGAAUUGAAGGGCACUAAGAAACAAGGGGUCAAACUUUCAUAUAUGGAGAGAAUUACAAGUCUAAUUCAAGGGCAAAAUAGUGUUAUUCAAGCACAACUGUUUACAAUUCAAGAUUUUGCUGUUGACCAUUGUAUGUAUCAACCUGUUAUUGAAAAACAAAAGGAGCAAGAAGGACUAGAGACAUUGUUACAAGAGUAUGAAGACGUAUUUGAAGUGCCAAAAGGUCUACCUCCUGCUAGACUAAUUGACCACAUAAUUCAACUCAAGGAUGAUAAGGUGAAUCUAAAUCUUAAACCUUAUAGAUAUCCUAGUGCUAAAAAAGACAUCAUUGAACAAAUGACCCAAGAAUUGAGGUUAAAUGAAGCAACAGUGAAAGAUGUUUUUCCAAUUCCUUUCAUUGAAGAGCUGUUAGAUGAGCUGCAUGGAGCCAACAUAUUUUCUAAAUUGGACCUAAGAUCUGGGUAUCAUCAGGGCAGAAUGUACGAACCUGAUAUAUAUAAAACAGCUUUCAAAACUCAUCAAGGGCACUAUGAAUUUCUAGUUCUUCCUUUUGGCCUAACUAAUGCACCUGCCACUUUCCAAUCUCUCAUGAACUCUACUUUUAAAAGUGUGCUUCGAAAAUGUGCUUUAGUUUUCUUUUUUGAGAUAUUGGUGUAUAGUAGUAGCUGGCAUCAACACUUGGUGGAUUUACAAGUUGUAUUGCAGUUAAUGAGAGAUAAUUCCCUCAAAGCAAAGAGAUCCAAAUGCUCUUUUGCAGGAGAGAAGGUGGAGUAUUUAGGCCAUGUCAUAACUAAAGAGGGGGUUUUUACUGAUCCAAAAAGCUGA